AUGACAUCUAUCAUUACACUUGAUCUGUCAGAGAAUGAGCUGCAAGGAGAUUUGCCAUCCAUGGCUCAACUUUGCAAAUUAAAAGAAAUUGAUCUGUCAGGCAACACAUGGAAUCGAUCCAUAUCCCAAAUCCUAGAUAGUUUUUCUGGAUGUCUUUCUGAUAGGCUGAAGGUUUUGAAGAUUCAGGAUGGUCAAAUAUAUGGUCAUUUAACCAAUAAAAUUGGGCAGUUCAAAUCUCUGACCGAUCUUGAUCUAUCUUCUAAUUCAAUUUCUGGUCUAAUACCUGAAUCUUUGUGGCAGCUUGUUAAUUUGGAAUGGUUAAACAUUGGCAAUAAUCACAUGGAAGGUACUCUUUCAGAGGCUCACUUUGCUAAUACAACAAGUCUUAGAUCUUUUUAUGCCUCGAAUAACCCAUUAAUUUUAAAAGUAGAUCAGGAUUGGGUUCCUCCUUUUCAACUAGAAUCAUUGGAUAUGGGCUCUUGGCAUUUGGGGCCACGAUUUCCAUUGUGGGUACGGUCACAAAAGAAACUUUCCUAUUUGGGCUUAUAUAACACAAGUCUUGCAGAUGUCCUUCCCCUUUGGGUUUUCAACUUCUCCUCUGAAUUAGAAUACUUAGAUCUUUCUCAAAAUCAAAUGCACGGAAGGAUUCCCAAUCUGACGAAUAUGGGGACGCAGAAGUAUUUAGAAAUCGACCUGAGCCAAAACCACUUCGAGGGGCCAUUGCCUUUAGUAUCUUCCAAGGUAGUUAGACUAGAUCUUUCUGAUAAUCUACUUUCAGGAUCCAUUUCUCAAUUCUUGUGUAGCUCACCAAUUGAGCCAAUGAAAAUGGCAUCUCUCUAUCUUGCCAAAAAUCAAUUGUCAGGAAAUUUACCCAACUGUUGGAGUAAAUGGAACAAUAUAAAGGUCUUAAAUUUGAAUAACAAUAGCUUUGGUGGUGCUAUUCCUUCAUCCUUUGGUUCGUUGAUUUUCCUUCAAUCAUUGCAUCUUCGUAAUAACAACUUAUUUGGAAUAUUAUCUCUUUCUUCUUUACAGAAUUGUAUUAAUUUAGUUAUUCUGGAUCUUAGUUGGAAUAAAUUUGGGGGAAACGUUCCUACUUGGCUUGGAACAGGUCCUUCAAUGUUGAGGUUUCUUUUUGCUGGCUUCAAUGAGUUCCAUGGUCAUAUACCUAGGAAUUAUGUGCUCUCAAUUCCCUUCAAAUCUUGGAUCUUUCAAACAACAAACUGUUCGGCCCAAUACCAAAAUGUUUUAACAAUUUCUCUAAUAUGGCAAUAA